CUCACCGUGAGAGAGGAGAUGGUCAAGCUGGCAUUGCGCGUGAUCUGUGCUGGUGCUUGUUUCGGCACCCUCGCCUACGCCUUCCUCCCGCCCACCGCGCGACAACCCACCCUACGCACAUCGCUUCACGCCUCAUCGACUGAUCAGCCUGAUCAGCCCCGCCGCCGGUUCUUCGAGAGUGCUGCUGGCAGUGCGCUCAUCGGCGGAGGAGCCCUCGUGACGCAACACAUCCUUCUGGCACCUCGAUCUGUCGCCAUGGCGCAGGACGUUCCUCCCGGCUUUGAGAAGUCCGCGUCAGGACUCAUGUACCAGGUACACAUACCACACACGACACGCACACUCAUUCGCCCAUCAUGGCAUGUGUGUGUUGGCUUGCAGGUGGUUGAGGCAGGCAGCGGGGGCAAGCCCAACCAGAACCAGAAGGUGCGUGUCGACUACACGGGGUGGCUGGACAACUUCGAGAGCGACAAGAAGUUCGACUCGUCCGUCGACCGACGCCGGCCGUUCGAGUUCUUCGGUCAGUCAAUGAAUGGCACAGGCACACACCGCCCUGCUCCAUCCCAUUACACACGUGCCUUGAUCUGCAGCCGGCGGCGGGCAGGUCAUCAAGGGGUGGGACGAGGCCAUCCUCUCCAUGCAGGUGGGCGAGAAGCGACGGCUGAUCAUCCCCCCCGAGCUGGGGUAUGGCAAGCGCGGCGCCGGGCGGGUCAUCCCGCCCGAUGCGACGCUUUAUUUCGAGGUCAAGCUGCUCGCUUUGCUGUGAGGGGAGGCAGGCAGGCAGACUUGGCGUGGCUGUCUGUUUGGUGUGUGUUUGAAUGGCGAUGGCAUGUAUGUGUGUCUGGGUGAGAAGUCAGGCAGGCAGGCAGGCAGGCAGUUCUGGUGUGAUCGUCACGCGAGUGAGUGACCAAGGCCAACGCCUUUGUUGUAUCUGCGCGACCACCUCUAUGUCACACUGACAUGAGGACGGUGGGCUUGUGCGAGACUUUUCGGGCGAUACAGACCUAUAAUCCUUUUCCAGCUGUUCUUAUUCG